AUGCAGAGUUCAGAGGGUGCAGCGGACUCGCCAGCUUCUGUGGCUCUGUGUUCGUCAGCGGCCGCCCAGGCGCCUGUGGCCCAGCCAGUGCCAACCUCCCCGCAGAGGGUGCUGGUCCAGGCAACGGGCUCGGCUUCCAAAGGGGCCCAGAUGCAGCCAAUCUCCCUUCCCAGAAUCCAGCAGGUGCCACAGCAGGUCCAGCCUGUGCAACACGUGUACCCAUCCCAAGUGCAGUACGUGGAAGGUGGAGACGCCGUCUACACGAAUGGAGCCUUGCGGACGGCCUAUGCCUAUAACCCCGAGCCUCCAAUGUAUGCCACAAGCAGCACAGCAUCUUACUUUGAAGCCCCAGGUGAUGCCCAAGUGACCGUCGCAGGCUCCUCACCGACAGCAGUCCCUUCCCACAGCAUGGUGGGCAUCACCAUGGAUGUCGGGGGGAGCCCCAUUAUCUCUAGCACAGGAGCCUAUCUCAUCCACGGGGGGAUGGACAGCACCAGACACUCGCUGGCCCACACUUCCAGGUCGUCUCCAGCAACGCUCCAGUGGCUGUUAGAUAAUUACGAAACCGCUGAAGGCGUCAGUCUCCCCCGAAGUUCUCUUUAUAACCAUUACCUUCGGCACUGCCAGGAGCACAAGCUGGACCCUGUGAAUGCCGCCUCCUUUGGGAAACUGAUUCGCUCCGUGUUUAUGGGCCUGAGGACGCGGCGGCUGGGUACCAGGGGCAACUCAAAGUAUCAUUACUAUGGGAUCCGUCUAAAGCCGGACUCGCCCCUGAACCGGCUGCAGGAGGACACCCAGUACAUGGCCAUGCGGCAGCAGCCUGUGCAUCAGAAACCAAGGUACCGGCCAGUCCAGAAGUCGGACAGCCCUGGGGACAAUGGCUCACACAGCAGCCUACACAGCACACCAGAGCAGGCCAUGGCUGCCCAGAGCCAGCACCACCAGCAAUACAUAGAUGUCUCCCACGUCUUCCCGGAGUUCCCAGCGCCUGACCUGGGCAGCGUCUUGCUGCAAGAGAGCAUCACGCUUCAAGACGUCAAGGCCCUGCAGCUGGCCUAUCGGCGGCACUGUGAGGCAACAUUAGAUGUCGUGAUGAACCUCCAGUUCCACUACAUCGAGAAGCUGUGGCUUUCCUUCUGGAAUGCUAAAGCCUCCUCCAGCGACGGCCCCGCCUCUCUACCUGCCAGUGAUGAGAUUCCCGAAGCCACCAUCAUCCCAAAGGACAAGCUGGUGUCUCUGUGUAAAUGUGACCCCAUCCUUAAGUGGAUGAGGAACUGUGACCACAUCCUCUACCAGGCCCUGGUGGAGGUCCUCAUCCCCGACGUGCUGCGGCCAGUACCCAGCACCUUGACACAGGCCAUUCGUAACUUUGCCAAGAGCUUGGAAGGCUGGUUGACGAACGCCAUGAGUGACUUCCCACAACAGGUUAUCCAGACUAAGGUCAGCGUGGUUAGCGCCUUCGCCCAGACCCUGCGGAGAUACACAUCCCUCAAUCACCUGGCACAGGCAGCCCGGGCCGUGCUUCAGAACACUUCCCAGAUCAACCAGAUGCUCAGCGACCUCAACCGUGUGGACUUUGCCAACGUGCAGGAGCAAGCCUCAUGGGUGUGCCAGUGCAAGGAGAGCGUGGUGCAGCGGCUGGAGCAGGACUUCAAGCUGACCCUGCAGCAGCAGAGCUCCCUGGACCAGUGGGCCAGCUGGCUCGACAACGUGGUCACACAGGUCCUGAAGCAGCAUGCGGGCAGCCCCAGCUUCCCCAAGGCCGCCCGGCAGUUCCUGCUGAAAUGGUCCUUUUAUAGCUCCAUGGUGAUCCGAGACCUCACCCUGCGCAGCGCCGCCAGCUUCGGCUCCUUCCACCUGAUCCGCCUGCUGUAUGACGAGUACAUGUUCUAUCUGGUGGAGCACCGUGUCGCCAAGGCAACCGGGGAGACUCCCAUUGCCGUGAUGGGAGAGUUCAACGACCUCGCCUCCCUGUCACUGACACUGCUGGACAAAGAUGACAUCAGUGAAGACCGGAGCAGUGAGGCUGAUGCGGAUGCCCGCAGCUUGGGUGAGCCCCUGGUGAAACGGGAGCGCAGCGACCCAAACCACUCCCUGUAG